UCGUCAUUUCAAUGCGACAUGUUGUCAAAAAGCUAACAGCACAGCAGUUGACAGAUCAGGAAUCAAUAAAGAAGUGCUUAGCAGAAUGUGAGACAAGGAUAGAAAUGGCAGGUCUUUAUUACAGGAAUCCUUAUCCAAGACUUAUCUACCUGCUUAUAAUGGGAAUGGCAACCCAGAAAGGCAGGAAGCUGAAAGCACAGCAACGCAUGAGGAAGCAGGCCAGCCAGUUUACUUACCGUCACAUGAGGACAGCUGAUACUACAGCUUAUACUAGAUGAACUUUAUAUUCUUGUGAAAAGGUUGAUGUUACCAAGGACAGGAGGAAAGUUACUGGCUAAUCUCAGGAGUUGAGUUGAAAAUCCAUCUUAUAUAUUGGAGAAAAAAGUCAUUAAUUUCCAAGUGUAUUUAUGCAUGUGAUUCCUGACAUGAGCUGCUAUGUGGAUGUCAGCAUUGUCUGUCCUGUAAGAUAAGUAGCCAUAAAUAUUUGUGAUACUAUUUUGAAUAUAUUUAUCUUUUCAAUAAAUUGAGUUUUGA